CCUUUGUCGACACCGAGCACGGGCUUUGGCCCCCCCGCCCUCGCCUCUCUCCCUCCUCCAAAAGCAAACCCUAGCCAGCUUCUUCUUGUGAUUUUUUUUAUUUCUUUUCUUUUUUUUCACGGGAUUUUUCAAAAAAAAGGUGGGAAAGUUUGAGAGAGAGAUUGAAGGGGACUCUUGAGAUCUAUUUAGUUCUGGGGAUAGAGAGAGAGAGAGAGAGAGAGAGAGAGAGAGAGAGAGAGAGAGUGAUUGCUGAUUGUUCGAUCGGGGGGCUUAGGGUUAGCUCUAGGUUUUGUCCUCGAUUCCAGAUUCAAGAGAUUGAAGAAGACUCGAGAUCUCAAUUCGAGUUCAACUGAAGUGUGUGUAAUUUAGUCGCUUCUUACAUGAAAAGGGGAUGGUUUUUUAGGGGAAUGGAUGAAAUGCUUGCAAAAAGAUGGAAUUUUGCACGGAUGAAUCCUCUUAUUCCGCUUUUCUCGUGUUGAAUGCUUACAUUCUGAACGCUGUGACGUUAGCCUUAGGUUGUCCUGAUAAUGACCCGGGUCAUUCACCGCAACUUCAGUAAAGAUGAUGCUGCUUCUGUUGGAUUCCCACUCAGUGACCAUCUCAGGGACCAUGUUCACUUGACUAACUGCAUUCAUUUGAAGAACCACAUGCACCGUCACAGCCCGAUGCUCUCCGAAAGGUCCCUUAUGAGGGAUCUUAUCAUGCUCCAGCGUUCGAGGUCGCUUAGAGACCCUUCUGCUAGCCCUCCUCCCUCUUGGAUUUCUCCUUCAGUUUCUAGUACCUUAGGCAUAAGUGCUGCUAGAGAUGGUUUGACGCAUAGUGGGAGGAGAUCUAUAGGUGUUGAUAGACGAAGGGAGAGUAAGGCUGGACGGCUGUCCGUGAGCUCACCACGGGCACCCAGUUUUGCCACUUCAAAGGUGGCUGCUGAAGAAACGAGUUAUGUCAAUGAUGAGGUUAGUAAGGAGGAAGAGGAUGGGAGAAAACCCAGCAAAAGUAAAGGCAAAAAAGUUCAUAGUAAGACACUCUCGGAGCAGUUGGAUGAAGCUCCGAUCCAGACAGAUACAGAGAGUAGGAGAAAUUUAGGCCAUCGUGGACAUAGGAAGGAUAAGAUGGAAGAGGAUAUAGAAGAGGAGCCGGAAUUGAGUGGUCAUGUGUACUGCACGGGCUUGAAACGGAUGAAAAGGCGCAGGUUUAGAGGUGUGAGGAAACCUCGUGCUUCUGUCGAUUCAAAGUCAUUAGCUCAAGAUUCUGUUCAAGGUACUGGUAAACUUUAUAUGGGGGAUGGACAAUUAGAGGAUACAGAGAUGGACGUCAGUCGAGCUCCUGGAAAUGGAUGUGGGAUUCCAUGGAACUGGUCUAGAAUUCAUCAUAGAGGUAAAACAUUUCUCGAUAAGGCAGGAAGGAGUUUAUCAUGUGGUCUGUCUGAUCCAAGGCUGCGGAAAGCUGAGGGUUCAUGUCCCCAGAGCCAAAAGGAUGCUUCUACAAUGCCUGUUGCGUCUGAUCCCUUGACUUCAUCUACUGAUUCUGAUUCGGAGGCAUUACCUUUGCUAGUUGAGCCUCCAGGAUCUCAGGAAAGCACUGGGGAUCAUUUUUUGGUGCAGGACUAUUCAGGGGAACUUGGAAUUUAUGCCAAUAAUAGCUCAAGGGAUGAACUUGAUACUGAUCUUGAAUCUGAAGCUAGGUCAGGUAGCCAUCACAAAUCUAGGGGAGGGACCCUUGGUAGGCACCGCAGUCUUACUCAAAAGUACAUGCCGAGAACCUUCAAAGAUCUUGUGGGACAGAACUUGGUUGUCCAAGCUCUUUCAAAUGCAGUAUUGAGAAGGAAGGUUGGGCUUAUUUAUGUCUUUUAUGGGCCGCAUGGUACAGGCAAGACCUCAUGUGCUCGUGUUUUUGCUAAAGCUCUGAAUUGCCAAUCAAUGGACCACCCGAAACCUUGUGAUGUAUGUAGUUCUUGCAUCUCUCACAAUCUAGGCAAGAGUCGAAAUGUGAUGGAAGUGGGAGCAGCAAGUGCAUUUGACUAUGAAAAUAUUAUGGAGGAUGUCCUUGACAAGGCAUUGUUAUCUCCAUUGUCGUCACGUUACAGAGUGUUUAUUAUCGAUGAUUGUGAGACCUUGCCCCCUGAUUCCUGGAGCGCCCUCUCAAAGGUCAUUGAUCGAGCUCCUAGGCAUGUCAUUUUUAUCCUUAUCAGUUCGAGUCUUGAUCAUUUGCCUCAUAUAAUCAUAUCCAGGUGCCAGAAAUUCUUUUUCCCAAAAAUCAAAGAUUCAGAUAUAAUAUGCAUGUUGCAAUGGAUUGCAACCAGUGACGGCCUAGCGAUUGACAAGGAUGCACUGAAACUGAUUGCAUCGCUAUCAGAUGGAUCAUUAAGAGAUGCUGAAAUGACCCUAGAUCAACUUAGUUUGCUUGGGCAAAGAAUUUCUCUUCCGUUGGUACAGGAACUUGUUGGCUUGGUUUCGGAUGAGAAACUGGUGGAUUUACUUGAUUUGGCAUUAUCUGCGGAUACUGUGAAUACUGUGAAGAGUUUAAGGGAGAUUAUGGAAACUGGAGUUGAGCCAUUAGCAUUAAUGUCACAACUUGCUACAAUAAUUACUGAUAUCCUUGCUGGCAGCUAUGUAUUCACUCGUGAAAAACUUCGCAGGAAGUUUUUUCGUCGAUUGACUUUAUCCAGGGAGGACAUGGAGAAACUGCGCCAGGCUUUAAAAACACUAUCUGAAGCUGAAAAACAGUUGAGGCUGUCAAAUGACAAAUUAACUUGGCUCACAGCUGCACUGCUUCAACUUGCUCCUGAUCAACAUUAUAUGCUGCCGACUUCUUCUGCACAUACUAGUUUAAGUCAUAGCCCGUUGCUCGUAAAUAAUAUCGGUGAAAAAGAUUUGAAUUUUGCCAAUGAGCAUGAGGGCAUGCUUUCUAGUGAAUUAAGAGGAAGCAAGUUAGGGAAUAAUUGCAGCAGAGGCACCAAUGGAGUAGUGACUAGCUACAUCCAUCAUGGUAGGAGAAAUGUUGAGCAUGGUUCUGAAAGUCCUCUGCAAUCCAUUGAAACUGCUAAUCAAAAUGGAGGAUGUAAGUCUGCUAGAAACCAUAAGGGUAAUGAAAGGAUAUGGCGAAUGGUGCUUGAGAAUAUUCAGUCAGAUGUACUGAAGCAGUUUUUGUUUCAGGAGUCAAGGCUGGGUUCAGUCAGCUUUGGUAAAGCUCCUACCGCACGAUUGAUCUUUAAUUCACCUGCAAAUAAAGCCAAGGCAGAAAAGUUUAGGGGACAGAUAUUACAAGCUUUUGAAUCUACUCUUCAUUCCGAAGUUAUACUUGAAAUCAGAUGUGAAUCCAAGAAAGAUAUGGGCCAUCUUCCAGUUGAUAUGAUUGUACCGAAUCAAAGACCACAUUACUUGGGAUCAGAGAAUCUUAUGAGAGGGCUCACCAAAGAUAAUGACCAAGGAAUUGGUUCGAGUCAUGGUGGACGGAUCCAUACUAAUACACAUGGUGAAAUUACUGAAAUAGCAGCUUCUCCUCGAGAUGGUGGAGAAAAAGGACUAAUCAAUGGCAUUGGUGAAUUCAAGGAAGCAUCAUCAUUGCAACACCAAGGGAGCUUUGCUCUAUCACAUAGCAGAGAGAGUGAAGAGCAACGACGGAGACAAAGUUUGGUGAGAGGGAAAGUGUCUCUUGCACAUGUCAUUCAACAGGCUGAAGGUUGUGCACAAGCGGGUGGGUGGUCUAAGCGGAAGGCAAUGUCAAUAGCUGAGAAGCUUGAACAAGAUAACCUGAGAUUAGAGCCUAGGUCAAGAAGCCUGAUCUGUUGGCGAGUUCCCAGGAUGCGUCGUAGGAAGCUUCCACAUCUUAGAAUUAGGACACAGAAACCACGAUAUCUACUGAAAAUGGUCACUUGUGGAAGAUGUUUGAGCUAGAUCUUCAAGGUAACACUAUGUUACAUUCGCAUUAUGCUGUCUCAUGAUGUACAUCUGUUUCUUGUUUAUCCUGUAGUUUCACUUAGUUCUUCCCUUUUCCUGUCAAUUUAGUCACCUUUGAGAAAAUUUGUACAACAUUCAAGAAAGUGAAAUAAUAAAAAGGAUCGUGGAUUCUUUUCCUUUUUAA